GCUUGCGCGGGCCGCACGUGUGAGCGUCGCCGCGUCAUCGAGAAAAAAACAGUGACAUCAAAAAUCGAAUACUAACAUCUAUUUAUUGAUUCCACAAUCGAAUCGUAUCAUUAGUGUAUCAUCUUGUCUAUUCUUAGUGCUAGUGCUGUACUAGUUGUUAGUAAACAUUGAAAAUUUAAAUUAGGAACGCUUAUUUUUAACGUUGAUUAUGUAGUUUCUACUUUCGUUUGAGUGAAAAUAAACUAAAAAUUGUUGUUGGUACAAAAUGUGUGUGUAAGAUUCGCGUAGUGUUGUGACCUGAAGUGUGAAGGGUGAAGUGUUUACUAGUGAUGUGAAUGAAGUUAGAAUCUGACACGAAUAUGUUUGGAGUAUUCAUUAGAAGGUGGAAACCUAAAAGAAUAUCAAAUAAUGAAAGGGAUGAAAGUCCGGGGACAGAUGGCAAUGUCUCCCCAGAGCCACCUGACCGGCCCCCUGGGAAAGUGCGACAAGUGCACCCAGAGGAGAAGACACAAGUGCUUGCCUACGACUCAACGUAUCGCAAGAAAAAUAAACCGAAGAACCUCCCUUUAGAAGAAAAUCAUUACAAUCAUUUGGCGAACACGAAUGUUGCAAUGUCGCCAAUGUAUCCUUUGACGCCGAACAUUUGCGUAGAGGGUGGAAAGAUUGAGUUCAUAAAGUCGCCACCAGGGAGCGCUAGAAAUAGCGUGGCGCUAGCGUCGCCGCCGCAAACUCCUCUGCUGGCGCGACGCGGCUCUCGUGAGAAACGCGAAGCUCGUAUCUACGAUGAGCCGACGGAGAAGUUCGAUGGUGAUAAGGAACUUUUGGAAAAGCGUAUUAAGCAAUUGGAGGCUCAACUGGAAGAAGAGAAGAGAAGGACACAGAGGGAACGAAUGGCCGUCACCAAGCUGCAAAACAAGCUUAUAAAGCGUGAGGGUGCUGCCCGCAGCGAUGCGGAGCGCGAGAGACGCGCGCGCGGCGACUGGGAGGCGCGGGCGCGCGUCGCAGAGGCUGACGCGGCCAGACUCGCUGCCAAGCUCCAUGCUGCCCAGCGUGAAAUUACCAGGAUGGAGGAGACAGUGCGAUCGCUGCUGCAAUACAAGAGCCGCGUGGAAACUCUGAAGCAGGAGAAGGCGUCUUUAUCAUCGGCACUAGAGGCGUCGGCGGCCCACUAUCAGAGCCAGCUGUCCGCGCUAGGCACUGAGAACGACCGGCUGCGCAGCCAACUGUCCACAUUAUCCGCUGGGCUGGGCGCGGGCGACCACGAGCGCAGGCUCGACGAUGUCGCGCAGCAAGUUGUGCGAGCGCUUCUCUCGCAGAAGAGCGUGCGCGAAGAGCUGGGAUGUGCGCGCGCCCGUAUCCGCGAGCUGGAGGCACAGAACCGCGCGCUGAGCGCCCUGCUCGUGCGGCAGCUGCGGCCGCAGCCGAGGCCCUCGCCCGCCACGCCGCACACGCCUCUCACGCCUCAUACACCUCGAGAUCUACAAGUUCACUUGGUAGACGUCGGCUCCUGCGGGUCUCUAGUAUCGUUCCGAGACUCCCCGCCGCCCGCGCCGCCCGUGCCUCACCCGCACCCCCUCAGCCACGACGACAAGCGGCGCCACCAGAUAUUGGCUGAUAUCUGGACUGAAUUGAAGGGCCUGGAGGUGACCCCAGCGAACCUGGCCCGUGCGCUGUCCGCCGUGGACCCCACGCUGUGGGCGCCCCCCGCCAGACCCCACACGCUCAGCCUCAGCAUGCCGCAACCUUGCACCGACUCCGCUAGAGGAGCCAGUGGAGAAAAAGUAACGGAAGAGGAAAGCGGUGAGGUUGGCGAGGCUGGUGCCGAGUCUCCAGAGAGUGGAGCUAAAGACGAGGGCUACUCCACCAUGUCCAGCGAUGUACAAGCCGACGCCUCGCGGCAAAGCGACCACGCGGCCGACAGAGCCCUGCCUGACCUCAACGAGGCUUCUGAUGAAACCGACAACCAAACCAUCGUCUCCAUCAACCCUAGAGAAUCUCGAAGACAUGCAAGACUCCUAGCCACGGAUGCAGAUUAUAUCUACUUCCCAAUAGGAGUCGCGUUCGCUGGCGUCAGGGGCAGCUAUCCUCCCUCGCGACCAGUGCUACCUUUCCAGCACGUAGUGCGAAGUUUCUCAGAUUCUCAUUUAUGCUUAAAGUUAAUCGCUGGAACUACUUGUCCCACCAGCUGCUUAGACACUCCUACGCCUAGCUCUGGUGUAUUAGUACUAGAUCUGAAACCUGCCCCCGAAAGACCACUGAGGCGAGCAGCCAUUGCUUCAACAACGAGCUCAGAAAGGGUCUCAUGGGGCAGCACGCUAGAUGACCGCGCUGAUGGCUCGCAAUAUGACGCUGACUAUGUCCAACACUGGCUAGAAUUAGACGAUGCAAGAUCAGCCCUACAGCAGCGACAUAGAGAUCUAGCAGAUUUGGAAUAUGAUAGAGCUGAACUAGAAGAUUGGAGCUUAUCGCUAUCUUGUGAAGAUCUCAGGGACAGGCAGUCCCCCUUUGCAGAAAUUACUACGCCAGGCCAAAUAUCUUUAUCAACACUACCCAGCAUCAGGGAAGAUGAUGCACUAGAAUUAGAGGAAGAUGUCGGUGAUUGUCUUUGGAAUGAUUGUGGAUUUGCAACUAUAGAAAUAGACGAGUGCAGAAUAGCAGAUGACGCUGAUACAUCGGAGAAAAGAUGGGAUUGCACAGGUACACACUCACCCGGCGGCUCAUGGUCGAGUGCAUCCGACGCGCCUGAUAAAAGAUCGAGUACUGCUCUGAGUGAAGACGGUGACUGUGCCAACGUUGGCUUAGAUUUUACGAGAGAUUUCUACCGACUCGUUAAAUAUGAAAGCACAAAGAGCUUAGCAUCAAAUUCGUCCAGGGGUAUUCCAGCACAGGAUUCAAGUAAUCAUUUAAGAAUCCACGAUGUGCAAGCAAUGGCUCUGCAAGAUAGGGAGGUGGCUUUGCAAAACGUGCUGCAUUUCAUCGCUGAGCAGCAGAAGUAUUGCAGGGAUAGGGAAGAAUCAGAUUCGAUGUCGUCCCGACCUCUGUCAGAAAUCAGAGAGUUACCACCUCCGUAUGCCGCGGCCGAUUUCGACGACGACUCAGUGGGUCCUCGCAGUGAAGUGUCAGAAGACAGACAGAGACCUGACUCCUUCGGCAGCUUCUCUGAAAACGAUUCUUGUGACGUCCUACACGGCGACCGACCACGGGUCGCCUUCUGUGAUACUGUAUCCGAGCCACGGUCCACGCCGAGAUUCAUCGAACGCGAAGACCCUUACGCUGAAUCCGAAGAUUUCUUUGACGAAUUUUCUAGAGUCGAAAAUGCAGAGAACGAAAUAGAUGAAAGGCAUCUCAUAAAAGUCCAAAGGAAGAAUGAAAUAAAUAAAAGCAUUGAUGUGAUCGAAUCUGUCGAGGUUGAAGACCAGCCUUUCGUCGUAAAGGAGGAGAGGCCGAGUGAUAUCGAAUCUAGUCGAAGUUUAGACCACAACUCAGCGCUGAAGGAGAACACUGUGAAUAUAAUGUUGAAUAAACAAUCGCCGCUUGAGAGGGAGGUAGAGCCUUGCAUAACCAAAUCGUCCAGCUUUCCAUAUGCCAGUAAUGAGGAGAUGUCCUUAGUGGAGGAAGUCCUGAGUGCUUGUCGACGGAGUACGGGGGCUUUAGUUCCUGUGCCUGAGGAGGAGGAGGGAUCGUCCCCUGAGAGUGGUUCCCCGCAAAUGACUGAAUCUAAUACGACUAGCACGUCUACUGCUGAAACUGUGAUAGUAAGUAAUAAGAACGAUGUUAGAGAGGGGAAAUUGAGGGAGAGGAGCAGGAUUCCAACGCUUAUGGGAGGGAAGAGGCCUCCAUCUUCUCCGAGUAGGAAUAGGUCAAAGAUCCCCGUGGUAGACCGGAGCAAGGCCGGGACUGCGCAAGCUUCUGCCCCAGAACCGAUUAUUGUGAAGCAAGAACACACGCUGAGUUUCCAUGAGGCUGCUACUUCGAAAGAUGUGAUUGAGGAACUGAACAGGAUGAUACGUCAAAGUGAGGGCGCCACGAGCACGGCAGAGGAGAGGGGGGACAAACCUCACUCACACAAGGACGGCGCGCUGUGGGCACCGACAGGAUGGGUGCAUGUUGAAAAAGAUAUCGAUUUCAGCGAUCCUAAGGCCCGAGCGAAUCUCCUGGACGUGAUGCUAGCGUCCAGCGAUUCCUCUCCAUCAUCAUGUGGGUCCUCACCUGCCGAGCCUCCCCCGCCCUACUCCAGGCUACAUCGUCUACACAGGUCCAGGAGACAAAAGACAGCGGCGGCGCUGCGCGUGCGCGGGCCGGGCGGGCCGUGCGGCGGCGGCGCGCUGGGCGGGCCGGCCGGGCCGCGCGCUCGCUGCCGCCGCCCCUCCAUCCUCGGCCGCGAGGGCUUCUUCGUCCGCUACGGCGAGCCGGAGCGCGCCGCCGUCGCCACCUUCGACUUCCUCGACGACUUCUCCGGCGGAUCCUCCCCGGAGGCCCCCAAAGACUGUACCUAAAUUAGCAAUAAAACGCGUCCCAGAUCGUUAUAUUUUUCUAUGUCGUUGUGAUAGACCGCGGUGGCGAUGCUGACGGUGACGACAUCGUCGCCGUCGGACGCGUGUCGGCCGAUUAUGUUUGUAGUGCAGCGUCGACGACGGCUGCGCGAUCUGCCGGCUGCAGCUUUUUAGAUACUUCUGCUUCGAAAUCUAGAUCUCGUAGGUGUCGUAGUACUCACUUUGGAUUAGUAGAUCUAUGACGAGGCACCUAGUCUAUUAAAAGAAAUUCUUACUAGAUAUUCGUUAGUAGGUGUGAGGAGACUAACGCAUAAAAGGCACAGAUGCGAUGAUAAUGUAUAAUUGGAAAAUGUUUAGUUCAUACGCGACUGACUCGUUCAGCAAUAAUGUUACUGAUGUAUCUCGCGCGCCGUCGGAGCUGUUGAGUGAUUUGCGCUUAGGCAAGGGAAGGCUUCCGGCAGGCGGAGACAGCUUCACAUUACAAUAGUAUUCAUUUGGAUCGAUUACUUCCUGCGUUAACUUGCUUACGCUUCGUACCAACGACCGACAACUUAGGUAAGAAGACGAAAUAAUUAAUUGACUAAGUGAUUGAAAGCUGCGGCCUCGAAGUAAUGUGAUAUUUUUGUAUAUACUGUAAGUCCCACUUAUUUUCAUAUACAUUUAAAUGGAUUCCUUUCUAACCGAACGAAGCGUUAACGUUGGACCUAGGGUGGAGUUCUGUCUAGCAGAGUCUGUGCACCUGUCACGUAAACUCGAUCGCGCGAAUCGAUCACUGAAGCCCUCUCUUUUGCACAAAAGUGUUGAGUAACGAAUCGGAAAGGGACAGAUGAUCCAAUCGCGUGAUCUCUGCGUAAUAAUCAUAAUAAUAGGUACUUAUGUAAAUAUCGAUUACAAUUUACUUAUCGAACUAGAAACUACUUAUCGAUUAAAGAAUAGUCAUCUAUAACAAUCGAAUAACCAUUUAUAAAGAUCCAUUAAAAUCGAAGGGUACUAAAGUAUGUUAAAUGUAUGUAUAUAAUUAUUACGACGUCAUCGAUAUGCUAUUUAUUUUGUAUCAUUUGCGUAUUGUCGAUCUUUUCUGUGUAUACUUAGGUACAUAUCAUGAAUUUGUAUUAUUUAUUAAGGCAACGAUACAUUAUAAUUUAAUAAUUGGUAAUAAU